GAAGAAGCUAUGAUUGGGGAAGAAUAAGCGCAGUAGCAGCAGGCGGUGGCGGCGACGUCGACGACUAUUUGACGUUUUACUUCGUCUCAGCACAGGCUAGUUUUUUUUCUUCUCACAUUGACUUUGGUUAGUAGUAUGUGCUCUUCGGACAUCGAGUGAUGUCAACAGGUGUUUUGGCGUCGUUCUGGAAUUUUGCAAGUUUUGGCGUGUUUUUCGGUGUAAUUUAUCGAUUAGUGUCGUGAUUUUGAUUGAAUUCGUAGAUUUUUAGCGCUGAGUGGUGACAAGAAGGUGAAUUCGACUAGCUGUUAUUUGGGGAACAUCAAGUUUAUGCCGAAACCGUCGGCAUCUCAGAUGUCAAGAUGCCUCUGAACGACCUACAGCCAUUGGCGUUUACCACAACGAAUAACUUCACCAUGAACCACAGCAGCAACUCGACGAUUCAGCCCAACCCAACCCAAGAGCAGCAGUUCUGUCUACGCUGGAACAACUACCAUUCGAAUCUGUCUACGGUCUUCGAUCAGCUACUCCAAGCCGAGUCCUUCGUCGAUGUGACCCUAAUUGGCGAAGGUCGUCCGAUCAAAGCUCACAAGAUGGUUCUGGCUGCCAGCAGUCCCUACUUCCAAACCAUAUUUCAGGAGACUCCCUGUAAACAUCCGGUCGUUAUCAUUAAUGAUGUCAAGUGGGAAGAGCUCAAAGCGUUGGUGGAUUUUAUGUAUCGCGGUGAGAUCAAUGUAGCUCAGGAACAGAUCCGACCGCUGCUGAAUCUGGCACAAAUGUUUCAAAUCCGAGGAUUGACCGAUGUGUCACACGAGGACGUCGAAUCGGAACCAGUUCGCGUAACUCGCGAAGCUAGCAACGUUGAGCAGUUCACGGUUUACACGGCGUCGAUCGUCGAGAAUAUUCAGCAGAGUUUCAACAGCCAUAGCAACGAUAUCGUCAAAAGGCGAUCAUCCAAGGAGCGGGACUUUGCUCGAAAGCAGACCCUUGAAACAUUGGAGGUUCCCGUUGAGUGGCCCAAGGAAGAGGAGGUUCCAGCUACGGUAGAGUCAACAUCGAAGAAUCCUCGUAAACGGAAGUCUACGUCCAUUGACGCACCCGCAGAAGGAAACUUCAUCGCAAUUCCACUAGAACAGCCGCCGUACAUUCCACCCGCAAUCAGCCAACCGACAACGAUGGUUGCCCCACCUCAGCAUCCACCUCCUGCGCCGCAGUUGGUAUUUCAGUCCACCUUCCAACCGGAAGAUACAGACUCGAAGAUGAACUUCCUGGAUUCGACCAACGAAGGAGACGAUAUAUCGUUCAAUAACUCUCAGGAAUGGAGCUCUACAACGGAAUCCCGCUCCAAAUCGUCCAAGGCACCCGCCUGGAACUGGAACCAACUGCAGGAAGCGAUCACCGCCGUCGUCACCCAGCGACUACGUUUUACGCAAGCCAGCGCCCAGUACAACAUCCCCAAAGGAACGCUUUACGACAACAUUCUCGGCAAGGCUCACCGGAUGGCCGUCCUGCAGGAGCUGGCCCUCAAUCCCGACGAGGAAGCAGCCGUGUUGAACUUCUGCUGCGACACUGCAACUUCACCGUACAAUAAACGAACGAAGCGAUCGCUGAGUAGCAUACUGGAGUUUGUGAGCCAUUUCCAGAGCUAUCGGGAGAAGGGUGACCGCUUCAAGUUUGGCGGAAAGCCCGGCUUUCGGUGGUGGUGGGCCUUCUGUCGGAAGCACUCGAUCGUUUCGCUGUACUACGAAGGACUAAAACUAACCGACGACCAUGAUUCGAUCAUGACAGGCGGCAAGAAAGGCCGGAAGAGUGCCGAAUUUGACGGUAUGGAAGCGCUAUGAAUGCUCGGAUGUGGUGUGGUCUGAUUUGAGCUGCUCGUGCCUUUCAGCAAUUGAUUUGUGAUUUUAACAUUCUCGUUAAUUUUGUAGGAUUAUGAAACCGAAACUCAAAUAGGUAAGAUUGUAAUUAGACGAUAAUCUAGCUAGA